AACUGCAUCGUAUUCUGAACCGUGUGAUCCCGAGUUGUACCGAUUUUGUCUUGUAUGUUUGCGACUGACUUUUAUGCAGUAGCGGGCUUUCGUUUAUCGUAGUAAUCACCAUGUCGGUGGCGUUUGCACCUCACAGGCAAAGGAAAGGAGACAUCACCCCCGCAGGAAUCCAGAAGCUACUUGAUGAAAACAACCAGCUGAUCCAGUGUAUAAUGGACUUCCAGAGUAAAGGCAAAACAGCAGAGUGUUCACAGUAUCAACAGAUGCUGCACAGAAAUCUAGUGUACCUGGCCACGAUAGCAGACUCCAAUCAGAACAUGCAGUCUCUCCUGCCUGCUCCACCGACUCAAAAUAUGCCCAUGGGCCCUGGUGGCAUGAACCAAAGUGGACCCCCUCAACAGCCCCCUCAUGGCCACAACAUGCCCUCUGAGGGGAUGGUCAGUGGUGCUCCAGCCCCCCAUAUGCAGAACCAGAUGAAUGGGCAGAUGCCUGGGCCCAAUCACAUGCCCAUGCAAGGUCCUGGUCCAGGCCCCAACCAGCCCCCAAACAUGCCUAGUGGCUCUAUGAAUAUGCCCCCCAGCAGCCAUGGCUCCAUGGGUGGAUACAAUCACGCAGUCCCUUCCUCCCAGGGCAUUCCAGCUCAGAGCCAAAUGAAUAUGACCCAGGGUCAACCAAUGGGAAAUUAUGGACCUCGACCAAGCAUGAACAUGCAGCCAACUCAAGGCCCGAUGAUGCAUCAGCAGCCUCCAUCACAGCAGUAUAACAUGCCUCCUGGUGGUGGUGGACAGCACUAUCAAGGACAGCAGAAUCCCAUGGGCAUGAUGGGCCAGGUCAACCAAGGGAACCAUGUCAUGGGACAGAGGCCGAUGCCACCCUACAGACCCCCACAGCAAGGACCCCCUCAGCAGUACCCAGGGCAGGAAGACUACUAUGGGGACCAGUACAGUCACGCAGGACAGGGGGCCUCAGAAGGUAAUGCCCAGUAUGGUCAGCAACAGGAAGCGUACCAGCAAGGCCCGCCACAGCAGCAGGCCUAUCCUCCUCAGCAGCAGUACCCAGGUCAGCAGGGCUACCCGCCUCAGCAGCAGGGCUACGGUCCCUCCCAAAGUGCCCCAGGACAGUACCCUAAUUAUCCCCAGGGGCAGGGACAGCAGUAUGGGGGCUACCGCCCCCCUCAACCUGGACCCCCACAGGGCCAACAGCAGCGCCCUUAUGGUUACGACCAGGGGCACAUGAGGAAAUAAAGAAGCGGGGAUAUGAACCCCUGACUAGCUCUAUAAGAAGCAAAGGGCCAGUAUGGAAAUUACCAGCAAUGAGAGAUGUUCACAACAUCAGCUCUGCUCCGACGAUCUCUGUCUGGGCUUAACAACUCCUAAACAGAGAUAAUGACGGUUCCUGCUUAGAUUAUCUUGGACACAGACAACACUCAAGAACACAAGAUAUAUUUUCCCCUCUUCUGGCUUUUAUUCGAGCCUGUAGAACGUGUUCCUGUUUUAUCAGGUCGAUUGACGUGAUAACCGAGUCCAUGUUUCACCCCUUACUCCAGUAUGUCUCAAAGCAGCAAUGCCUUAAAAAUUGAACCGCCUUAUCCUUUAGCAUUGCAGAUUGUGAAACAAGCUGAAAAAAUUUUGGAUUACAAAUGACUCAAAUGUACAGUUUCAGUUUGCUGUGGUGCAUUGCCUCUAUCCUUUAGCUCCCUAAUCAAAAGAAGCAAUAAUGCCAGCAGUAGGGAAUGGUGUCUGGGAAUUAAAGAGUAAAUGAUGCAAAUGCACCAGGUGAACUUCCAGCUAGGUCAUGGUACAUGUGUUGAUGUAUGUGAUGAUGUAAAAAUAUAUUUUAUGCUUUUUAGACCAACUUAACUUUGUAUAAGACAUCGAAAAACUAGAACUAAAGCUGUGUUGUUUAUUUCAAGAAGUGUAUGUGUCAGUGUUUUUUUUUGUUUUUCUUUUUGUUUCUUAAUGUCGAAAAACCCCAUCUAGUACAUUUGCUUUGUUAAAUUGUGUGACUAUUCAAUUAGAUCUGCUAUGUCAGUGACAUGGACAUUGUAUGAAUACUUUAAUUAAAAAAAAUAAUAUUUGACAUUCACAGAAUUUUCUUGAAGAAAAAAAAUACAAACGGCUUAUCUGGAACGAGAAAAAGUUCAAUGUCUGAAGAUGCUUAAUUUCUGUGUUGUGUAACUUGAUUUUAAGACAAAGGUGAAAAACAACUAAUUUCGACCAUAAACUUUUUUUUUUGUGUGUGCGUGUUUUCUUUUCUUUUUUUUCAUUUACCAUAGUAUCGGACAAAAUCGUGAUGUUAGGCCUUUAUUUUAUAAUUGUGCUCAAAGAAGUGAUAUGUAGCAGACACCACUGCAAAUUGUGAGUUAAUCAUUUUCUACACAAUGCACCUCUGUCUUGUCCACUGACUGCAAACUGGCAAAGGGGGAAGGUGAUAUUUGGCAUAAUAUUCCUGACAAGUACUUUUUGUUUAGACAACGCUGGAAUCCCGUCUCCCCUUUUUAAUAAACGUCUAAGUCAAUGUCAUUCAAAUAGUGUUGUAUGUGAAUAAUAAGAUUGUUACUGUCAAAUAUGUAACAUAAGAUGUGAAAAUAAUGUUCAGAAAUGGAUUCCUUAAAUAAACCAUAAAGACUGGUUGUGCAGUUUUAUAUCACUGGCCUGAUAUCUGUAUUAUGGUGCAUAUUUUAUUGAUCCCAUAUGUACAGCAGCAUAAAGAGGAGGCACUCGGUGUCCUCUGGUAUUGUUUAUAUGGCUGUUUUAAUAUUUUUCAUUUUGCACCCCAUUCAAGUGGUGGUCACAUUUGUGUCAUGGCAAUGUAAACUGUACAUCUUAAUAAAUUGGAAGAAUCUUUAA